AUGGCUUGGUUGCUUUUCAGAACCACAGGGGCUCUGACCAUUUUAAUGGUGGUCCUUUUGGUUCAUGGAGAAUUGAGAAUAGAGACAAGAGGGCAACAUGGAGAAUAUGAGACAGCGGUACAACAAGGCAAAAGGAGAUACAAACGUGAAUGGGUGAAAUUUGCAAGACCCUGCAGAGAAGAAGAAGACAACUCGAAAAAAAAUCCAAUUGCCACAAUUACUUCAGAUUUCCAAGCAAACCAGGAUAUUACCUACCACAUUUCUGGAAUAGGAAUUGAUCAGCCCCCUUUUGGAAUCUUCAUUGUUAACAGAAACACUGGAGAAAUUAACAUAACAACCAUAGUUGAUCGUGAGGAAACCCCAAGCUUCCAGAUUACCUGUCGUGCUCUCAAUGUCCUGGGAGAAGAUGUAGAGAAACCGCUUAUACUAACAGUCAAAAUUUUAGAUAUAAAUGACAAUGUUCCAGUGUUCUCAAAAAGUAUGUUCAUGGGUGAAAUUGAAGAAAGGAGUGCUUCGAACUCACUGGUGAUGACCCUGAAUGCCACAGAUGCAGAUGAACCGAACAACUUGAACUCUAAAAUUGCCUUCAAAAUUAUCUCUCAGGAACCUGCAGGCACACCCAUGUUCCUCCUAAGCAGACACACCGGGGAAGUCCACACUUUGACCAAUUCACUUGAUCGAGAGCAAGUUAGCAGCUAUAAUCUGGUUGUGCAUGGUGCAGACAGAGAUGGAGAAGGACUAGCAACACAAUGUGAAUGUAACAUUAAAGUGAAAGAUGUCAACGAUAAUAUCCCAAUGUUCAGAAAAUUGCAGUAUUCAGCAAGUAUCGAGGAAAACACUUUAAGUUCUGACUUGCUUCGAUUUCAAGUAAUAGAUUUGGACGAAGAGUUCACAGAUAAUUGGUUUGCAGUGUAUUCCUUUACCUCUGGAAAUGAUGGGAACUGGUUUGAAAUACAAACUGAUCCCAUAACUAACGAAGGCAUCUUGAAGGUGGUUAAGUCUCUAGAUUAUGAACAACUACAAACUUGGAAACUUAAUGUCAUCGUCACAAACAAAGCUGAAUUUCACAAAUCAAUAAUCUCUCAACAUGGAGUCCAGCCAAUCCAACUCAUAAUCCAAGUAAUAAAUGUGAGGGAAGGAAUUAUAUUCCGUCCUCCUUUCAAGACAUUUAUUAUCCCAAAAGGCAUAAGCAGUAUAAACCUGACCAGUUAUACCGUGGGAUCAUAUCAAGCCAUUGAUGAAGACACUGGCAAAGCUGCCUUAAAUGUCAGAUACACCUUGGGAUAUAAUUAUGGUGAUUUGCUAAUUAUUGGUUCAAAAACUGCUCAAAUCGAAUUUGUCAAAAGCAUUAAUUGGGAUGCUACUUUCAUGGUUAACAAGACAAUCACAGCUGAGGUUCUGGCCAUUGAUGAAAUAACAGGUAAAACUUCUACAGGCACCAUACAUGUCCAAAUACCUUAUUUUAAUGAAGAUUGUCCAAUAAUUGUCCUGGAAAAGGAAACAAUCUGUAGUUCAUCACCUUCCGUGGUUGUCAAAAUUAUAUUAAUGGGCAAGGGUGAAUAUACUGGCCCCUACACAUUUUUGCAGAAGGAGAAAACUACAGAACUGUGGGAGAUCACAACACUUGAUGCCACCUCUGCAAUCCUACGAAGCACACAGCAGGUAUCUCCCGGUACGUACAGAAUCUCCCCGGUCAUCACGGACAGCAAGGGCAUGUGGUGCGAGACCCCGAAGAGCUUGGUUCUGGAAGUCUGUCAGUGUGACAACAGUGGCACCUGUAGAGUUCCGAUCACGACCGAAACCCCUGAGCAGCCUACUGAAGAGAGGCCUGGUAGGCUGGGGUCUGCCGCCAUCGGCCUGCUACUCCUCGGUCUUUUGCUGCUGCUGUUGGCCCUCCUGCUGCUGCUGACCUGUUACUGUGGGACCGGUCCUAUCGGGGGAGUGACCGGUGGAUUCAACCCAGUGCCUGAUGGUUCAGAAGGAACAAUUCGUCCGUGGGGAAUUGAAGGAGCCCAACCUGAAGACAAGGAAAUCGCAAAUAUCUAUGUGCCACCUAUAAUUGCCAAUGGAGUUGAUUUCACGGAAAAUUCUGAAGUUUGUACAAAUACAUACGCUGGAGGGACGGUGGUGGAAGGAGCUUUGGGAAUGGAAGUGACCACCAACCCUGGAGCAGCUGCAGGAUCUGGAGCCGCUGCAGAAUUCAGAACAGCCGCUGGACUUAGCAACUAUUCCACAGGACAGUCCGGAACAAUGAGAACAAGGCAUUCCAUGGAAGGAACCAACAUGGACUAUGGUGAAGGGGCAAUAAACAUGAACUUCCUAGACUCCUACCUUUCUCAGAAAGCAUUUGCCUGUGCCGAGGAAGAUGAUGGCCAGGAAGCAAACGAUUGCUUGCUGAUCUAUGAUAACGAAGGAAUGGGUGCCCCUGGUUCUCCCAUCGGCUCCCUGGGUUGUUGCAGUUUUAUUGCUGAUGAGUUUGAUGACAGCUGCUUGGACUCACUCAGUCCCAAAUUUAAAAAACUUGCAGAGAUAAGCCUUGGGAUGGAUGAUGAAGCCAAAAACUCUCAGCUACUCACCAAAGAGAGCGGUUCUGGGAUUGAAUCCCGUGGCCAAUCCGUACAAGUCCAGCAGUCAGAAUCUGUUAGGUACCAGACUUUGUCAGGCAGCCAGGGAGCAUCUGUUUUGUCUGCUUCUGGCUCUGUCCUCCAGCCAGCCAUUUCCAUCCGUGACCCUUUGCAGCAUGGUAGCUAUUUGGUAACGGAGACUUGCUCAGCUUCUGGUUCCCACGUGCAGACUUCCACUGCAGUCUUUGAUCCACUUCUCACACCAAAUGUAAUAGUGAGGGAAAGAGUGAUUUGUCCCAUUUCCAGUGUUCCUGGCAACCUACAUGGUCUGGCAGAGCUACAAGGGUCGGGUAGUAAAAUCUGUACAGAAGAUCCUUGUUCCCUUCUGAUGUGA